AUGAAAAUAAAGAACAAAGAUGAAGGAUUGCGAUUGGGGAGCAAUGUCGAGUCAAUGAAAGGGAUUCCAAAAACAUUGGAUAUCAAGGAUCCAGUGAUGAGAGUGUUGAGUUUUGUGGCCCAGAUUUCCCAAGCAGGAUAUCUUUCUGCAGACCACAUGGCCUGGCUCGGCCAAGUUGGGCUCGUUCGUGUCAACACGUCCAGAUGUAACCGCUUCAUUUCCCGGUGCUGGCUCGUUCUUCUGCUCGCCAACAUUGGAAAAUCCCUGUACGAGCUUUAUGGUCUCUAUCAGCUGUGGGCAAUGCCACCAAAGCAGCGGUGGAUCUCACCAGGGACUGACUUCCUUGCAUUCAUCCAAUACGUCACAAAUCACCACCGUACUCUUGUUGUGGAUCUCCUCAGGAAUGCUUUUGACCUCCCUCUGCCUUUGUCAUCUUUGGGGAAGCUGGACAUGAGUCCCAGCAUGGUCGGCCUCUUUGGCACCAUCUCUUCCCUCUUGGGCCUAAAUGCAUUCCUUGCCAACAGGAUACAAUCAUCAACAAAGGCAAAAUCAAGCUGGAAGUCUGCAUAUGGGGCGACAAGACGUCGCCAGACAGAUAGACGGUCGGUAAGAACAAUGUGCAAGGGGCGACCACCUCCGCCAUGCUCGGACCAGAGGCGGGCUACUUUUAAGUGGCCCACCCUGUAUAACGGCAUACGCAUAAAACAGAAUAACAUGGUGGAAUACGGUGCGAGACGGAAAGAAACGGCAGCAGACGAAUUUGAUGCAGAGGGUGACUCCCUCGUCUCCUAUGUUAGGAAGAGAGGAAGCAGUGCCUCGUGGUUGAAGGAUACAUGCCUACAUUUACCGUACGGUCCCCUGCUGUACGCGGUCUCUCUCAGUAACACCUCUACGCUCGAGUGA